CGUUUAAGCAGUUGCACUCUGCUGCUGCCAGUUGUCGACCAUGGCGUCCGGAUACAUACUAAAUCGUGCUGUGCAAUCAUUAGGAAUUCAUUGUGAGCGUGUUUGCCGAAACGUAUCGUUAUCACAGGUUAGAGGGGUAAAGCGCUGGAUGAGAGCAUACACAGCCCUCAUGGCAAGGAAGUUAAAGCUUGAAGGACCUCCGCCACCGAUGCCACGAUCUCAGAAGCCUCACUGGGAUUACCAUGCUGAAGUUCAGGCUUUCAGCACCCGCCUCCAUGAGAACUUCUCCCUGGAGAUACUAAAAACAGCCUUCGUCAAUCCCUGUUACCUGCAGGCGGAGCAAGAGAGGAGACAAGGGUUAGGCUUGGACUCUGAGACUGCUGCUCUUGUUCUGAAAGAUAAUAUUCAGCUGAGUAAAGAGGGAGCAGGUUUCACUAAAAGUUUCCUGACCGACUGGUGCAGGGCCAGCUUCCCCAGCCUGCCGAGUGAGGGGCUGGAGAGUGUUGUCGCACACCUUGCCAGUUCAGAAGUUGUGACCCAUGUGGCAAGAAAUCUCGGCAUUGAAGACCUAACCAUGAGUGCAGAAUGUCCUGUUCCUGAUGAUGUACUUUAUUCUACCUUCAUGGCAGUAAUUGGAGCUCUACAGGAGAGCAGUGGAGCGGAGAAAACUGGACUGUUCCUCAGGGAUUUCCUGGUCACUCAGCUGAUAGGGAAGGACCUCUUUGAUAUGUGGAAUGUUAUCAACCCCAUGGGACUAUUGGUGGAGGAGCUUACUAAGAGGAACACACCGCUUCCAGAGCCUCGCCUCAUCAGGUCUGCUGGAGCCAGUACCGUCCUGCCACUGUUCUUUGUUGGCUUGUACAGUGACAAGAAGCUUCUGGCUCAGGGUCCAGGAGAGACGAUUGUUGCAGCCGAGGAAGAGGCAGCUCGCGUGGCCCUCCGGAAACUCUACGGCUACACGGAGAACCGCAGACCCUUUGACUUUUCUCCACUACAGCAGCCAUUAAUUCAAGCAGUCAGCAGCAAUUAGCAAAGUAACACCUAUUAUGCUGCAGCAGGAAAUAAAUUAAAGGGGGUACAGUUGGACAGAAAUGUGGCAUGAUUCUACUUCAGAGAUAAUUUGAGAAAUAGUGUAACUCGUUUGUGGAUAACAGACUUGGUUAAGAAAAAUAAGUACAUCAUCUAACUAAUUAUACACCAGUGUACUUGUCAGGAUUGUUUGUUAGAUAUGAAAAUACUUGAACACCCUGACAAAGGAAAGCAAAAUAAAUAUUAUUGUCCACUUAAAAAGUGUGAAUAUGGUGUGAUAUACAGAUUUCCAAUGUAUUUGAUAGGAAUCUAUGAAUUUUUAAAAUUAAUUUGAUAACAUUCAAAAGUAAAGUCCACUCUUCCAAAAGCUAUCCUUGGCUAAUAAUCUAUAGAUUCAGCUGUUCUUGGCACAAAAUAGCCAGGAUAUUUGGUUGUCCUUGUAAAUAAACCAAUUUCAUCUUGGUCUACUUGGUAUUCUGUUAUAAUAUGUUGUUCAUCUUUAAUAAUAAAAAAAUAUGUGUACACCAUUA